UUCUAAGUAUUAGUUAUAUUAUCUCUAACUUACGCCUUACCGUCUUAACCUAUCAAUCUAUCCGAAACCCCUAAAGAAAAUGUCGACACCGAAGAUUAAGUUGUAUACGAACCAUCGUUGCCCAUGGGCUCACCGAGCGCAUAUCUCUCUUGCCGAACUCGGACUACCGUUUGAAGAGGAGAUCAUUGACUUGAGCACCCCCCGUACUGCUGAGUAUCUAAAGAUCAACCCUCGGGGUUUAGUUCCGUCUAUCGAGUAUAACGGAGAGAUCCUCACCGAGUCCGGUAUUAUCUCCGACUUCUUGGCCGAUGCUCACCCGUCUCAUCUUAUCCCGGUCUCAAAUGCUCCUGGUGGAGCUUUGCAACGUGCUAGAAUCGCCUUCUUCGUCGAUACUUUCAUCUCAAAGGUGAAUAGUAACUUCUUCAAGGCAUCGUUCGCCAAGAACGAGGAUGAAAUAGAGGGCUUUGUCAAAGAGUACGUCGAUGCGGUUGUGAAGGAACUCGAGCCCCUCCUCGCCAAUGCCGCACCUUUCUUCAACGGUAGCGACAAGCUUACGCAGGCCGAGGUUUUGACGGGAAGCUUCGUCGUACGCCUUUUCACACUACCAAAGCAUGGCAUCCUGCCUGAGCACAUACUCACCGAUAUCUCCGCCAAGGCCCCCAACUUCUACAAAUGGGGACAAGCCGUUUCCAAGCAUCCCAGCGUAAUAGGAAUAUACAACGAAGAAGACAUCGCGAAGAGUACGAAGGAGAGAGUAGCUAAGCUACGAGCAGCUUGAGCGUAUCCGCCGCAGCGCAGCUUUUUUGGUCAGAGCAUUUCCGUUGCUUACGUGCUCGUAUUUGGACGCUCCUUAACACUGAUGAACUACGAUGUAGCGUUGAACAUAAGUUUUAAAGAGUUCGGGUAUCCUCGUUAAGGG